AUGAUGAGCGAAAUAUUGAAAUAAAAGCCAAUCUCCAAGUCCUCCCGUAACAUGCGAGAGCUGUCUGAUUUUAUGGAAAGAGAGUUACCUAACAUCAUCAAGAAAGAUACAGAAAUGAAUAAUAAGCUUCUAGCCAAGAACAUGAAGAAAGACCAGCCUGAGGUAAUAACAGAGAAAGAGCUAAAGAAAUUUACUGAAAAAUCAAUGAACUACAGAGAGCCAUUCUAAGAGUUCAAGCAAAAGGUCUUUCAAUAGAAAUUUAGUGGAUUUGAUAAUUACUCCAAGAAAGUAAAUGCUUCUGAAUUUUAUCAGAGUUUGAUCUAAUAACAAGCAAGCUUAACUACUCGGUCAACGACUGUAGAGUUAAAGAAGAAAAAGUCUCCUAUUAAGAAAAGCGCAGUUAUGGAUUAGGUUUCAAGAGAAUACAGAGAUCAUAUAUUAUCCCCUAAGAUAAAAGUUCCUCCUCUAGGACAUUACAAUCCUGAUAACAAACUUAUAAAGUCAAACAGUGCUGCUCAUUUGAGAUUUUAAGACCCUAAUCAGAAAAAUAGCAAUAGAGAGUUAUUUGGGUUAAAACUUGAUACCAAAAUAGAUGAUAUAUCAAACAUAAAUAAGACUUUUAUGAGUCACAAUGACAAGCAAAAUACAACCUUUUACAACAACAACAAUGAUGCUGAUAAUAAAACAUUCGGCCAAUCAAUUAUUGAAGAGAUGGAUAAGAGUAAAGAAGAUCAGGCUGAUUCAAGCCAAUCUUUGAAUAACACAAAGGUUAAUAAGUCAAGAUGUGCUAACUAUUUAAAUUACAAUUAGUUGAAUGUGACUAAGUCUACUAUGAACUAAACUGGAUAUGUGCAGUUUGGGUUGAGACCAGAGAGAGAACCUAAUCUUCUAAAGAAAGAUAAUAACUUUGGCAAAUAUAUAGAUAGGCAGAAAUUCUUCCCUGAGAUUUACUCUAAGUAUAAAAAGUUAGUUGUAGAUCUUGAUCUUAAUAAAGGAAGCAAUAGAAAAGAAUUGUGGAAAACAAGUGCUUUUGACUAUGCCUAGGCUCUGGAUCCAAAAUACACAUUGGUGAAGUAGCAAUCUCAAAAAUGUAUAAUUAAUAAAAAUCCAAAAUCUGCUAAAGAUUUUUACUUUAAAUCUGGAUUAUAAACAGACAGGUCAAUGCCUAAAUUUGACAUAACCAAAAUAAUCCCUCCAAUUGUAGAUGAGCGUGAUAGAUCAUAUAUAGACCAGGAAAAUUCUAAAAUGCUCACAGAGUUAAUAAAAGCAAGAUAUAAGGUUUAGAAUAUACAAGCUACUGAUAACUGA